UACACCCUAAGAAAAGGAACAUCCAUAGAUAGAACCGAGCCUCUUCAGGCAAUUGCUUUACAGGAGCCCGGCUCUGGACGAAUUCUGCACAGGUGCACACAACAAAAGCUUUGUCGAGCCAGGACCAUCACAGCAUGCUACAGCCGCAGAUUCCGAACCAAAAGAUGGCUGCGGCACCCAAGAAGAAGAUUGCCGUCAUGACCUCGGGAGGUGACUCCCCCGGCAUGAACGGCGUGGUGCGUGCCGUCGUCCGCAUGGCCAUCCACAUGGGCUGUGACGCGUUCUGCAUCUACGAGGGUUACGAGGGACUGGUCCGUGGAGGAGACCUGAUUAAGAAGAUGGAAUGGGAUGACGUCCGUGGCUACCUGUCAGAAGGCGGCACCCUGAUUGGCACCGCCCGCUGCAUGGCCUUCUACGAACGCCCCGGCCGUCUGACCGCCGCCAAGAACAUGAUCCUCAACGGCAUCGACGCCCUCAUCAUCUGCGGCGGUGACGGCUCUCUGACCGGUGCGGACCGGUUCCGUGCCGAGUGGCCUUCGCUGCUGGAGGAGCUUGUCGCGAAAAAGGAGCUCCAGGAGAGCCAGAUCGCACCAUACAAGCACCUCAACAUUGUCGGCCUCGUGGGCUCCAUCGACAACGAUCUUUCCGGCACCGACGCCACCAUUGGAGCUUACUCUGCCCUGGCACGUAUCUGCGAGAUGGUAGACUACAUCGAGGCGACUGCCUCGUCCCACUCACGUGCCUUCGUCAUUGAGGUGAUGGGCAGGCAUUGCGGCUGGCUCGCCCUGAUGGCUGGUGUUGCCACCGGGGCGGAUUUCAUCUUCAUCCCAGAGAAGCCUAGGGAAGACAACUGGAGGGAGGAAAUGUGCGCGAUCAUCAAGAAGCACCGCGGUUGGGGAAAGCGAAAGACAAUCGUCAUCAUUGCCGAGGGUGCCAAGGACCGGCAUGGCGGCAAGAUCACACCAGACAUGAUCAAGGACCUGCUCGCCGACAAAUCCGGGCUGGCGCUGGACACGCGUAUCACAACUCUGGGACAUGUCCAGCGAGGUGGAACUGCCGUUGCCUACGACAGAAUGCUCGCCACGCUCCAGGGUGUCGAAGCAGUCAAGGCUGUCCUUGAGGCGACGCCCGAGACGGAGACGUGUUUCAUCGCUAUCACCGAGAACAAGAUCGCCCGCAAGCCGCUCAUGUCCGCCGUCAUUGAGACGAAGGAGGUGGCCACGGCAAUUGAUGCCCAGGACUUCGCCAAGGCAAUGUCUCUGCGUGACACGGAAUUCUCGGACCAGUACCAGUCCUACAUGAUGACGACAGCCAUGGGCGCAGGAGACCACAUUAGUGUCGAGUCUAGCAAGAAAAUGAAAAUCGGUUUCAUCAAUGUUGGUGCCCCAGCAGGCGGUAUGAACGCAGCGGUUCGUGCGGGUGUCGCCUACUGCCGCUCUCGUGGCCACGAGCCCAUCGCCAUCCACAAUGGCUUUGCCGGGUUCGCCCGCCACCAUGGCGAUUCCCCAGUGGGCUCGGUCAGGCCAUUCGAGUGGCUCGAGGUGGACGGCUGGGCCAGCAAGGGCGGUUCGGAAAUCGGAACGAACCGUGAGCUGCCAGAGGAGUCCGGCAUGGAGCUGAUUGCCAGCCUGGUCAAGAAGUACGAGUUUGACGCCCUCUUCCUCGUCGGCGGUUUCGAGGCCUUCCACGCGGUGUCUCAGCUCCGUAAGGCCAGAGCGCAGUACCCGGAGCUGUGCAUCCCCAUGACUCUGCUCCCGGCCACGAUUUCCAAUAACGUCCCCGGAACCGAGUACUCGCUCGGCUCGGACACGUGCCUCAACGAGCUGGUCUCGUACUGCGACAAGAUCAAGCAGUCUGCUUCCGCAACGCGGCGGCGCGUCUUCGUCAUCGAGACGCAAGGCGGCAAGUCGGGCUACAUUGCCGUGCUUAGCGGUCUCGGCGUCGGCGCCAGCGCCGUCUACAUUCCUGAGGAAGGCGUCAGUCUCGAGAUGCUCAACUCGGACGUCCGGCACCUGAAGGACGUCUUCCGGAAGGACCGCGGCCAGUCUCGUGCGGGCCGCCUGCUGCUGGUCAACGAGAAGGCCAGCGCCGUGUACAGUGCCAAGCUGAUUGCCGACAUUAUCCGCGAGGAGGCCCACGACAGGUUCGAGGCUCGCGACAGCAUCCCCGGCCACGUGCAGCAGGGAGGCGUCCCUUCGCCGAUGGACAGGUGCCGCGCGGUCAGGCUGGCCAUCAAGUGCAUCCAGCACCUCGAGAAGUACGGCCCGGGCUGCUACAAGGCCGGCGAGAAGAUCAAGGAGGACCCCCUCAGCGCGAGCGUCAUUGGUAUCCAGGGCGCAGCGGUCGCCUUCACCGGCAUGCAGCAGCUCGAGGAGACGGAGACGGACUGGAAGAACAGGCGGCCCAAGGGGGCCCACUGGCUCGAGAUGAAGGACGUGGUUGACAUCCUGGGCGGCCGGCCGCCGUACCCGCAGCCGGAGAAGUCGCUGAUGGGCAUCAUGGCCAAAGACGUCAAGCGUGGUCUUGCUUGAAAGCACACGCAGACAGAAAGGUUGGGAAGAGUGGGUGAUUAAUGUGUAUUUCUCCAGGCGUCUUGGUCCUUUUUAAAGGGGAAAGCUUGGGAUUUCUCCAGUACAACGCAGGAAUGAAGGUUGGU